GAAGUCAACGUAGCGUGAGGUCACUGUCGGAAUGGAGAAUGACCACAGCAUUUCCCCUGCAUUGUAAUUCAGCUGCCUCUCCUGUUUGUGAAUUGCUGGCGUAAAUCCAUCAAUGGCUUCUUGGUUCAAGAUAACAGCCGCUCUAGUCAUUUUGCUGGUCUGCAUUCCAUGUCUACUGGCCAAUGACUCCCCAUGGACAACUCCUCCAGUCGCGGAACCCUGGGGAUUGUCGCAGCAGUCUCCGGCCAUUCCAGGGUCCCAGCCUCAGGUCAAUCCGACCGCCCAGUCGUCGCUCGAUUCUCAGCCGUCCAACCAGACAUUGUCACGAGCAUCGCCACCAGUUCCGUCCGAAUCGUUCGCGCAUUCGCCGGUUGAAUCCCAGCCUCCCUUGACUCAACCGUCCGUCAGUACUGCGGGCCCGCCGAUCUCCCAGCCAUCCGCGGAGCCAUUGGCGCAGCAGCCUCCGCCGCUUCCAGCUCCCCCACAGGUGGCGCCUGCUGGAAGCGGGUCGGGGACGAGCAGCGGCGAGCAGAAUGCAGGAUCGGGGGAGAGCAAGUCAGGCGCGGGGGAGGCGCUACCUGCGCCUCCUUCCCCACAAGCUGCUCCUCCGCCUUCCCCUGUGGGUCCGGAAGGCGUGAGCGGAGCACCAGCGGAGCCCAAGGGGGGGGUGGAAGCAUGGGACGAGGAGGCGGGGCAGGUGGAGCUGUCGGUGACGUGCGGGCUGACGGACUACGUGAGGCAGUCAGGCUCCUGCGACGGCAAGGGGUGGCGCAUUGUGUCGUUUGUGAAGAUCCGCAACUGCACGGAUCCGUUCAAAGUGCAGCCCAUGCGGCAGGAGCCAUGCACAUGCACGCCUGAGGACUUUGACGUCACGUACAGCAUCUCAGACGAUGGCACCAAAUGCAACAUGCAGUACCUCCCAGCCAACUGCACGGGAGCACAGCAGUCGGCGUUCAUCCCCGUCGACAUGGUCUACUGCGGCCUGGCGAGCGCGCCGUGCACAGUGGGCGACAUGGACGCCAUCUACUCCGACUGCGACUUCAUUCGCCACCCCCUCACAGGCCAGGCCAUUUCUGACACGCCCGUUGUUGAGGUGAUCUAUUACUUUGGCCGUGAGUGCGACCCCUACAGGAGGGGCUCCAUCCGCCUGCCGCCCAGCACCUACAUUCCCUGCGACAUGCAGUGCGGCGUGGGCCACUACCUGCGCCACGACCACUGCCUCAAGUGCCCUGCAGGCACGUACAGCAUGGGGGGAAAAUGGAGAUUCGAGGAGAUAUAUGAGAUCGACCCCAAGUACUUCAAGACCGAGUGCAAGUUCACCAACGCCACGGGCGCCUUCGACUGCGACCCCUGGUACGCGGACGAUGGGGCGUUCGAGGCAGGGGCGUACGACUACAUCAACGACUGGCUCCCGGAGGUGUGUGCGUCGGACGCGGCGUACAACUGCCACAACAACCUGCGCUCCUCACUCUCGCUGGACGUCAACCUCGUCAGGGACGGGUACGUGAAGUUCAACUUCACGGUGAGUGCGGAGAUGGGCCAUGACGGGCUCUCCUUCUACAUCGACUCACUCGCUGAGCCCCUCAUGGCGCUCACCUCCUACCAGUUUGAGCCGCGCGAGAUGGUGUUCCCAGUGGAGGCCGGGCAGCACCGGCUGGUGUGGGAGUACAGCAAGGACAGCAAGUGGAGCAAGGGCGAAGACGUCACCACCAUUCCGUACAUCGAGGUGGACGGCGUUGCCUUCAACGACUUUCACUGCCUGCCCUGCCCGCCUGGCUCCCACAGUGGUGAGGGCGCUGCUGCCUGCCUGCCAUGCCCUGAUAACACCUUUUCCAAGGAGAGGGCGUCAGAGUGCACGCCCUGUGGCAGCAGCACGUAUUCGCGCAUCAUCCCCCGCACCGAGUGCAAGCCUCGCCCCUCGUGCAGCAUCGAGCGCGACGCCACCAUCGCAUACACGCCGUGCCAGCUGGCCUCCAAGAAGCGAACCAUGAGGUGGCAGUGGAUCCAACCACAGAUCUGUGACCCCACCAACGUCUCUCUGCCUAAUGACACUCCACUUGACUGCGAGCCGUGUCCCGAUGGCCAGCAAGCAGAGCCGGACCCCCAGUCAGGGGAAAUCCGCUGCACACUCUGCCCCCCUGGCACAGCACGGCAGGCGAGCUACGAGGGUGGGGCGGGCGGCAUGCUGGACGCGCAGUGCGAGGCGUGCGAGGCGGGGCAGGUGGCGAUGAAGACCCUCUCCCUCAAGCACUUCGCCAUGCAGCACAACGGCGCGCUGCCGCCCGGAUUCACCACGGGGUGCCACGGCGACUGCGGCACGUUCGGGUGGCGCGCCUUCCAGGACCACCUCGACUCCGGCAGCGGCCACGGGCCCUCCGCCACCAUCUGGCUGGCGCUGGACGUGCGCAUGGCGGUGCGCGGGUACAUGACGUUCAACUACUCCGUGGACAUCCUGCCAGGGGACCCGGGCAGGGCCUUCUUCUUCUUCAUCGACCACGACCUCAUGGACUAUGUGGAGCAACAACGGGUGGAGUGGGAGGGCGGAGGGGAGGGCGAGGGGUACGAGCACCCGGGGGCGGCGGAGGACGAGGCGCGGAUGAGCGGCAUGUGGGAGCUGGAUGCGGGCAACCACACCGUGAUGUGGGUGUGGCAGAAGCUGCACGACACGGGCGCGGCUGCAAGGACCACUCGUGACUCGGCAGUCAUCUAUGAGAUCCAGAUAGAGGGCGUGGCGGAGGGGGGUGCAGCGCGGUGUGAGGAGGUGCCGCAGGGGUCGGUGCUGGCAGCGGGGGGCGACUCGUACGUGCCGUGCCCCCCCGGCACGUCCAGCGAGGGCGGCAACUCCUCGUGCCUGCCGUGCCCGCCCAACACCUUCAACAGCCAGCCCGAGGGAGCGCAGUGGGCGUGCAUGCCGUGUGGCCUGGGCACGUCGUCCCUGGAGGGCAGCCGGGAGUGCGUCAUAGGCGAUGCCACGCGCCCUGAGUCCUUCUGCACCUUCACGCUCUCCCGGGACUCGCUGCGCACCCCAGCCCAGCAGGGCCAGGAGGGGGAGGAGGGGAAAGAGGGCGAGGAGGGGCAGCAGGAGGAGGAGGAGGGCGCAUUGCCCCGGAUGAUUUCAGUGUCGGCGGCAGCUGUGGUGUUCGACCUCUCCCCUCUGUCGCGCAUGCACCCCGGCCGAAUGUUCGGCCCCGUGCUGGAUGCUGCUGCUGCUGCUGCUGCUGCUUCUGCUGGGGGGCACGCAGGGGCAGGGGGGGGAGGGGGUGGUGCACAGAAGGGGAAAGGGGGCGGGGCGGGGCGGCAGCAGGCGGAGUAUUUCUUCAGUGUGUGCAAGCGGGACACCAGCAACGACACCUGCUAUGACUACUCGGGCCAAUCGCUCAACACAUACGCGUGCAAGGUGGAUCCACAAGAGGCUAUAGGGGGCGGGCUGCGCCCGGGCCACAGCCUGGGCAGUGCGGUUUCAGUGGAGUCGCUGGCAGCAGUGCACCCGGCGCUGUACCGGCGGGGGCUGGUGAUGGCGCUGACAGGGGACGAGUGCCCGCAGACCAACAUGCCGCGCGAGACCAAAGUCACCUUCAUAUGCGACCCCGCUGCUGGCCACGGGCAGCCAGAGGCGUGGACGGCAGAGGGGCAGGAGGCAGCGUUGAACCCAGCACUGGCCUACCCGCACUACGUAUCGCGGGAGGGCGCGGUGCAGCCCAUCGAGCAGAGCGACUGCUCGUUCGGCGUGGUGUGGUACUCGCUGUUUGCGUGCCCGCUGUGCACGGAGGACGACUACAAGCGUGUGGAGGCUGCUGCCUGCAUGGACGACAAGAGGGCCACCUUCAAGUGGAAAACACCCACACUGUGUCAGCUGAACCCGUCGCACCCUCUUCCACCGGACGAGCCCUGUGAGCCGUGCCAGCAGGGAGAAAUCAUCCGCACAGUGGGCGACUGUGCCGACGCCGACGGGCGCCACAACGUCACGUUCGCGUGGCGCCAGCCGCACCACUGCAGCGCCACGCUGCCGGGGGCUGCCUCUCUGCCCGCAGCAGAGCUGGUGGGGCCGUGUGAGCAGCGCCUGCUGUACGUGGCGUCAGAGGCCCUCUCCCCCAUGUGGGCGGCGCUCUUCGUGGCCCUCGGCCUCUGUAUCGUGUGCUUUGGCUCGCUGUCCCUCAUGACGUGGUUGCGCAGCCGUCGAUUGCGGCAGAUGUAUGAACGGCUGGUGGAGGCCGAGGUGCAGAUGGAGCGGGAGAUGGGCGACCUGCAUGGGGAUGAUGACGCGGAUGUGGAUGCGGAUGUGGAGGACACACGACAGCUCACUAAUGGUGACUCCUAGGGGAGCCACUGAGUGAUUUUCAUUAAGUAUUUAGUGCGUUUGGAGGGCGAGAUUUCCGAACAUAUAGGUGUACAUAUAGGUAUUGCAUCAAACUUCUAUUAGCCUCUUGUAAAGGCCUUACCCGCUUUAUUUAGCACAGAGAUGUAGCAGUAAAUGGUGAUGCGUAUUGUCCUUGUUACU